CCAAAACGCACAGUUCAUUCAGUUAACAACAGUUGGCUGUAUUGACUACUAGUGUUCGGAAUUCGAAUAUCGAUUGCUAUUUAUUUCUUUUGUUUUAUUGACUGCCAGUGUUUUGAGUUUGCAUUCAUUUCGCUUUUUGGAUUUUGCCGAUUAUAUAUCAUUACAGAUCAAAAAUGCCUCCGACCAGAGACACAGCAUGCAGCAAGAAUCAGUACAGUCGGUCUUUUAGCAACGGCACCAGUGGCAUGAGUAUGUCGGCGAAGGUGUACCACCCGGCCACAAACCUGAUGCCGCUGACCCCUCCCCACUCGCCAUCAGGAGUGACUUCCAGCUUCACAACUUCCCGACCAAACUCCACUAACACGUGGGGUCGUCAGAACAGCUACAAUGGAAAAUAUGCGUGAUGUUUUGUGAACGAUGAAAUUUGUAGGUUAUUUUUUUUUUUAUUUUAAGUAACAUUUUUAAAUUUCGAACGCAACGAACGUGGUGUUUUCUAAUUUUUUUUUUAGCGUGAAUGAAAGAUAGGUUUUCUGAAAAA